AUGUUCCAGCCAGAGGUCAUGCUGCUGUUGGUGAUCCUUGCCGUGCUGGGGACCCCAGCCUUUUCGGCAAAUGGUUAUCACGGCACAACAACGGGCACACCUUUCUGUACUUCCAUAUCUGAGGGAAAAAACCUGACGGCAGUUCGCAUGUAUGUUCGGAAUAGCGUGAUUAUGGGUGUCCAGGUGCAGCAUGAAGACAGCUGGGACGUAGUCCAUGGCUAUGCCGAGGGAACUCCUGUGGUUCUAACUCUGAGCGAUGAUGAACACGUCCUCUGGGUCUUCGGCACAUACAGAACCUUUAUUCAGCAAAUAGUCUUGUACACCAGCAGGCCACGGGAUCAGUAUUUUGGGUCCCUCAAAGGUCCCAAUGAGUUCUCCGAUUACCCUGAAAAUGGUGAACAUGUGCUCAAGGGCUUCUGUGGCUUUUAUGUGAGGGGUGGGUUAAGGGCCAUUAAAUUUGUGUGGGGGAGUAAAAGUGGGACAUGUAUAGAGUAA